GUCUGUGGUCGUUCCCGUAAGACCAACUGCACGCUCUCAGCUUCUUCCUCAUCCCAGUGUAUGGUGUUCUGCAUGGUUCUGUUGCUCUAGCUGGCACAUGCCAGCAUCCGAUGGUAGUAAGAUAUGUGCUGACUAGCAGGCUCACUUGUGCAGUGUGGAGGACAAGCAUUGCCUUACAAAAAUGGGGUUUGGGAGUGAGCUGAAGAAUUCACAUGAAGCUGUGUUAAAGUUGCAAGACUGGGAAUUACGAUUACUGGAAACAGUGAAGAAAUUUAUGGCUCUGAGAAUAAAAAGUGAUAAAGAAUAUGCAUCCACUUUACAGAAUCUUUGUAAUCAAGUCGAUAAGGAAAGUACUGUCCAAAUGAAUUAUGUCAGCAAUGUAUCCAAGUCUUGGCUACUGAUGAUUCAGCAAACAGAACAACUUAGUAGGAUCAUGAAGACACAUGCAGAGGACCUAAACUCUGGGCCCUUACACAGGCUUACCAUGAUGAUCAAGGACAAGCAGCAGGUGAAGAAGAGUUAUAUGGGUGUGCAUCAGCAGAUAGAGGCAGAGAUGAUCAAGGUUACAAAGACAGAAUUGGAGAAAUUAAAGUCCAGCUAUAGACAGUUAAUAAAAGAAAUGAAUUCUGCCAAAGAAAAGUAUAAAGAAGCUUUAGCUAAAGGAAAGGAAACCGAAAAGGCCAAGGAACGUUAUGACAAGGCCACAAUGAAACUGCAUACAUUGCAUAACCAGUACGUAUUGGCACUGAAAGGGGCACAGCUUCACCAGAAUCAGUAUUAUGAUACAACACUGCCGCUGCUGCUGGACUCCUUACAAAAGAUGCAAGAAGAAAUGAUAAAAGCACUAAAAUGUAUAUUUGAUGAAUAUAGCCAGAUAACCAGCCUUGUUACAGAGGAAAUAGUGAAUGUCCAUAAAGAGAUUCAACUGUCAGUAGAACAGAUAGACCCUAGCACAGAAUACAGUGACUUCAUAGAUGUUCACAGAACAACAGUUGUUAAAGAACAAGAAAUUGAGUUUGAUGCUUCCUUAUUAGAAGAAAAUGAAAACCUUCAGGCAAAUGAAAUCAUGUGGAAUAAUUUAACAGCAGAAAGUUUGCAAGUAAUGUUGAAAUCUUUAGCAGAAGAGCUUAUACAGACACAGCAGAUGCUUUCAAACAAGGAAGAAGCUGCUCUGGAGCUAGAGAAGAGAAUUGAAGAAUCUUCUAAGACCUGUGAAAAGAAGUCUGAUAUUGUGCUUCUUCUGAGCCAAAAGCAGACCCUUGAAGAGCUGAAACAGUCAGUCCAGCAGCUGAAAUGCACUGAGGCAAAGUUUGCAGCUCAGAAAGAAUUACUUGAGCAAAAAGUGCAAGAGAAUGAUGGGAAAGAACCACCUCCUGUGGUGAACUAUGAAGAAGAUGCACGAUCAGUUACAUCAAUGGAAAGAAAGGAGAGGCUAUCCAAAUUUGAAUCUAUUCGUCAUUCAAUUGCUGGCAUAAUUAGAUCUCCAAAAACUGUACUCGGCUCUUCAGCACUUUCUGAUGUGAUCUCUGUGACUGAGAAGCCCUUGACGGAUCAUGACUGGUACCAUGGUGCAAUUCCCAGAAUAGAGGCACAAGAACUGUUAAAACAACAAGGAGAUUUCUUGGUGCGAGAGAGCCAUGGGAAACCUGGUGAAUAUGUCCUUUCUGUAUUUUCUGAUGGACAAAGGAGACACUUUAUCAUACAAUAUGUUGAUAAUUUGUACCGAUUUGAGGGCACUGGGUUUUCAAACAUUCCUCAACUUAUAGACCAUCACUACUCAACAAAACAAGUCAUCACUAAGAAAUCUGGUGUUGUCUUGCUGAACCCUAUUCCCAAGGAUAAGAAAUGGAUUCUCAAUCAUGAAGAUGUCACCUUGGGAGAAUUAUUGGGCAAGGGAAAUUUUGGUGAAGUAUAUAAGGGCACACUAAAGGAUAAAACUUGCGUUGCCGUUAAAACAUGUAAAGAAGAUCUUCCUCAGGAACUGAAAAUAAAAUUUUUGCAAGAAGCCAAAAUUCUCAAGCAAUAUGAUCAUCCCAAUAUUGUCAAACUGAUAGGAGUGUGCACACAAAGACAGCCUGUGUAUAUCAUUAUGGAACUGGUUCCAGGUGGUGAUUUUCUCUCCUUUUUGAGAAAAAGGAAGGAUGAAUUGAAACUCAAACAGUUAGUGAAGUUUUCUAUAGAUGCUGCUUCUGGUAUGCUGUAUCUCGAGAGUAAAAACUGUAUCCACAGGGACCUUGCUGCAAGAAACUGCCUGGUAGGUGAAAAUGAUGUUCUGAAAAUCAGUGACUUUGGAAUGUCUCGUCAAGAGGAUGGCGGAGUGUAUUCAUCUUCUGGCUUAAAACAGAUUCCUAUUAAAUGGACAGCACCAGAAGCUCUGAAUUAUGGAAGAUACAGUUCUGAGAGUGAUGUGUGGAGUUUUGGGAUCCUCCUCUGGGAGACCUUCAGCUUAGGAGUCUGUCCAUACCCAGGAAUGACGAAUCAGCAAGCACGAGAGCAAGUGGAAAGAGGAUACCGGAUGUCAGCACCUCAACACUGUCCAGAGGAUAUUUCUAAAAUUAUGAUGAAGUGCUGGGAUUAUAAUCCUGAAAACCGCCCUAAAUUCUGUGAACUUCAGAAAGAGCUCAUUGCCAUCAAGAAGAAAAUCACAUAAUCAGGACACUGCCCUCCCACAGAACAGUACUGUCCUCUUUAACCCGUGUCCAUGCCACAUUAUCGCAGCCAUCUUUGAAGGUUAUGUUUUCAGGAUCCAUUCCACUUUAUGUUAAAGGCAAAUUUUCAAAAACUAAAUAGUCCUACCAAGGGCUUUAUGUGCUAACCACAGCAAUCUCAAUAUUUCAGGCCACUGUACAUAAAAAAAAAUUUUUAAAGCACAGACUCUGAAUGAAAAGAUUAAAACAUGUUUCUCAGAGGUUUUCUACUGCAGGCACAGUUCCCAGGCUGCCAUCCUAUGCCACCAACCCUCCUCAGUUGGUGCUGUCAACAGAGUUGGUAACAUAUUUGCAGGACACAUUCCAACCACAGUUGGCUUUCUACUCUGCCAAGACAAGAUUAUAUUAAUCUUAUAUUGGGAAUUACAUGGACCUCCCAGGGUUCUUUGCUUCUUGUCAGAAGCAAGCCCAGUAAGACUCUCCAUGCUUUUCAUUAGUGUCUGUUAUCUCCUCCUUGGUACAGGCUUUAGAAAGUGCUGCCUGAGAUAUCCCUGGAGAGACCGAGUGAGGACAGUAAGAAGCAUGGGACAGCAGAUCAGUUUAGAGAAUGAGCAAAGGAGAGAAGAAAAUGAAAACCACAUCUCUGUGGCCUGAACUCCCCAAAAGCCUAAGGAAGGGUUCUUAAAGAACAAGUACACAGAAGACGCAGACACGGCUCCAGCUAUAUCGCCUUCCACGGGACAAGCACAGAAUGUGAUUCCCUUCUGAUGCCCCCUCGACACACGCCCCUCCUGAAGUGCAAGGCUGCUGCCAAGAUUCAGAAGUCAAAUGACUCUUAAUGAGGAAAUACCCUGGGGACAGCUCUCCUAGCUCCACUCUUCCCCUUCCUGGAAACCUUUGCCAGUAGCUGACAAGUACACAAGCUGAGGAUGGUUGCUGUGGACAAGAUAUAAGACAGAGUUAAACUAGGAUUCUGCUGAACUGAUUCUCUGCUGCAUCAGGGGAAUUUACCCCAUGAUCUAUACAUACUUGCCCCAAGAUAAUGUGUCUGGGGAAGAUGGUCUUGCUCAGGGGGAAGUGUGGCCCAGAAGCUUCCUGAAAGCUCUUGGGCCUGUGUCCUGAUAACCAUCACUCUGUGUGGAAAAUCCUCCCCAGCAGUCUGUUGCCUAUGAAAAUCAGAGAUAGGACUCAGACCAGUACUUUAAAGAAUAUAAAGGAAGCUACUGAAGAGAAAAAUGACUUGUCGGUCAUUUCAACCUCCUUGCAGAUUCUAUGCACAAUGACAGAACCUUGACCGAAGUGAAGUUCACGGCAGCCUCUUCCCACUCGAACACUGUAACUGAGUGGAGCUUCUUCGACGGCACAGGCUCGUGAAUCUGAUUAAGGGCUGUGGUCUUCAGGCCUUUACCAGCCUUCCAACGUUAGAUAAGACAUUGCUACCCCUUGCAGUAUGUCCGGGCAAAUCUGUCUAUAAUAGUCUUGGGCUGGUUUGUUAUUUUUUACAUUUAGUGGUGGCCUCACUGCUAAGCGUUCAGUAAGGAAAGGGAAUGAUGGUUUGCCUUUAAUUUUGUGAACAAGACCUGAAGCUUAAUCCUUGAAUUCUGGUGUAGCAUGAACAUGGCAUUGAUACUUCACUCUUCCUGGCUGAUGGAAUUUGCAAUUCACAUCACAACUCUGUGCUUAAAUUAAAAAAGCUUUUCAAAACAUCAUGACAUCUGCAGCAUUUAAAUUCUAUUUUAUUCUUUGUCCCAAAGUAGGCAGUGGUACAGUUCAGGAUUAAUAACUCAUUGGGAGUCUUUCAGGAUCAUAUCAGUCGUAUAGAAUAUUAAAUUUAAUAUAGGCACAUGCAUUAAGAAAAGCUUAUGCAAACCAUUUUACUGUUAAUUUUGUUAUGCUUGAAGCAUAAUUUAUUCAUCCCUUCUGUCACUGAUAAUUACUGGAAUUAUGUACUUUAGGAGGCUAAUCCCUACCCAAAAAGCACACAUAUAAAUACCACUAUGAAUUUGCAAGUUGAUUUAGGGAAAAGAGGCUUCAGAAUGCACAGAAUCCCAUGAUUCCCUUAGUAAGAAAAUAAUUGUAACCAAAUUAGCCACAGGUAUUGAUAUGAUUGAUUCUGGUUAUAAUCUGUGUUCUUAAUGAAUUAUCCAAGAGCUGCACAUAUCACUGCUGUAGCUCCACUCAUAAUUCCUUGGAUUUUUUUAGGCCAGGAGUGGGUAUAGGUAAACACAGUCUUACCUUUCACAUGAAUUUUUCUACCUUGAAUCACCAAGGAGCCUUUAUGAGAAAGAGGUACUUGAUCAGUUUUAAAGGAAGAAAAUGUUAAUGUUAAUAUCUGUUACCAACAUGGAAUACUGCAUAUUGCAUUUUGCAUGUGAUCUAAGGUUCCUCCCAAAGCCACUUUCUUACAGAUUACCAUCAGGUUUUAUUUAAAAAUUCAGAAACUGAGGCUGUAUUGUUGCCCAUCUUGCUACACGGUCCCCACUUAAAUAUCUUGUGUCACUGUUUCUCCCUGACUUCCCAAAUUGAAUAUGGAUAAUGAUGUUCCCUGUCCAUAGCUUGCCACAUUCCCACAAGUAUUAUGAAAACACUGGCCUGUCAGCAUAGCCAGAGCUGACUGCAGUAGGGAUUGCUUGUUGUCCAUUCACAAUGGUUUUUCAUCUUAAGUUCUUUAGAAACAGUGUCUUGUCAUUGAAAUAUGGUAAAUUUCCUUUAAGCCACAGUUUGGAUUUCCCGUCUAUAUCAUCAUAUUUCAAUGAGCUCCACUAAAGUAGAUACAUGCCACACAGAGGGCUGGUAGUGAUGUACACAGAAUGCAGGCUACAAGGACACAGAUCUGUAUUGGGCAUCAUUGUCAGAGUUUUGCCCCAGUCACCCUCUUUACAGUUCCUUGUGUGUCAUCAUGUGCUGUAGGAAUGUACCGGAAAGCCCAUCCGUGUGCUUUGCACAUGGGACUUAAUGGCCACAUGUCCUUUGAGGUGAGAGUGACAUCUUCUGCAGAGGGGUUGUUUGUCCUUUUCUACACAAACUCCAUUUGUCACAUCAUUGACAGUUUCCAUGUUUCUUGUCAACAGAUAUUAUUGUCAUGGAAAGACUGGCAUUCCUAUUUAGGAGGUCAGAGCCUCACAGAAAAACGAACAGUGCAAACGACAGCAGAGCAAUACAGAGGCAGACGUGUUUUCUCUAUGCAUCAGUAUCUUAAGUAGAUGGACUGAUUUUUAUCAAAAAAUGAGCUUAUAUUACAUUUCCAAAGUUAGCAUGAACGUUUACCAUCAAAAUAAAGUGUUACCUCUUACUUCUGAUUUACUAUGCGUACCAGAAUUGUCUUAUUAAAUAUUUUUUAUUUA